UAAAAAAAAAAUAAAAAAAAAUGGCAAGUUCUUCAGAAUUUGAAACAGAUUGUUCCCAGCAAACAGAAUGUCCUCUGACAUUAGAUACUUAUAAUCAAUUAAAGGAGCAGUUCCAGCUUGAUAGUCAAGAGCUUUUCGAUCUGUGUGGAUCUUCUGGUGAAAUUAAAACCAGUGAAUCAUUUGGUGCAGUUGAAAUAAGUGAAUCAUCUGGUGCAAUUGAGACAAGUGAAUCAUCUGGUGAAUUUAAACCGAAAUGCCUAAAAUCUGUAAAAAAUAAAACACUAUCAAGCUCGAGUUCAAACACACAGGUUAACAACUCUUAUAAAGGCAGGUACAAUUUUAAUUUCAAUUUUGUUGUCGAAGAAGAACCACCUACUAAAUGUUGUACACUCACAUAUUCAAAAUUACUCAACAAAUUAUUUGUAAGAACAGAUCAGUUUGUAAUUCUUCCCUUCAGUGUGAUCUCACUUCCUAAAAAGAUCAAGCUGCAAAGUUUUCUUAUGUAUAAAGGAAAGAAUAAUAUAGUAGAGAGAUGUCCAAAUCAUUUGCAGAAAGAAGAAAAUCUAGCCAAUCGCCAUCAUGUAUUGCAAGUCAACAGUUUAACAGAUGCUGUGUAUUUAAAAGAUGAGAUGGGAUAUAAAGUUGUCUCAGUUCCGCGCAUUUAUGAUUCUACGUCAUUUUCAGAAACAUAUAAAUUUGGGUGUUCAUCCCAAUGUAGAUGGGGCAUUGAUAGAUCUCCAAUUAUUAUUGUGUGCCAGCUUGUUUUCAAAGAUACUAUAGUUGGAUCUGAGAUCAUAGAAGUAAAUGUAAGCCAGUGUCCUGGGAGAGACAGAAUGAAUGCAGAAAAAAAAUAUAAAAAAUCAUUGACAGCCAUAACACUCCCAGUUGAUUCGGUCAAACAAUCAAUGACAUAUGAAAGUUCAACAACUGUUUUCAAGGAAACAGAAUUUGAAUUCAAAAAUAAAACAGUUCAAUCUGUUCAACCUGUAAAUGCAACAGAAAGACAAAAAAAUCAAUAUAAAUUGACUGUGAGAGGGAGACUCAAAGCUGCCAAGUUAGCAGCGAUAUCAGCAAUACUAACAGAACAUCCUGAAUUAUUUUGAUCGUGUUGUGAAAAUUACAAAAAAACGUAAUUCUUGGCAAGUUUUACCUCCAGUUUAGUCUGUUAGCGAAAACAAAUCAAGACAAGACCUAUUAUGCGUAAUUAGUUUAGAGAAUGCAUUAAAAAAGAUUGUAAAAUUACCUUAUUCUUAGAAUGGUUACUAAAUAUUUUGUCAAAUUAUUUAAAACAUAAUUGACGUAAAAUUAUAAAAUUUUAUUUCUGUUAAAAACUAAACUAUUUUUAAUUCAAGAUUAUUUAUUUGUUGUCAUAAAUAUUACUGUAACUCGAUUUGUUAUUUUAAUAAUUAGAAAAUGGAAAA